UUAAGAAGUAACACUAAACAGAAGCCUACAAGCAGUUCUUGGUGUUCAACCAAAAUUAAUUGUUGACUGAGCCUGAUUCUUCACUUUGAGGGGAAGUUUUAUUUAAAGGUAAUGCCAAGAAAGAAUUUUUCCCCUCAGUUCCUAGACAAGAUUAACUGUAUUCUGCUUCAGAAAUAAGAACCAAAAAAAAAAAGAAAAAAAUCUCCAUUAAAAUACAAGCCACUUGAAGUGUUUUUUUUUGCCCCAAUGUGUUAAUCAGAGACUUCAAGUAAACUGUGACCCUGAGGAGAGGAGGACAUUCCCUUCAGCCUCAGUGCUGUGUUUUUCUGACUGCACUCCCAGGCCUGUGUGCCCAGCAGCAAUCCAGGCACAGCCAGCUGGGUUGGUACAAUCUGGAAGCUUGUUGUAAUAACACACAAAACAAAAAACACAAGGAAGAGCCUGGCAGCUGUAUAAAACUCCCUCUGAGCUCCAGUCUUCACAGAAGUUCACCAGCCCCAGCAAUCAGCAUGACCAGCCAGUCUCAGGGAAUCCAGCAGCUUUUGCAGGCAGAAAAACGUGCCAAGGACAAACUGGAGGAAGCCAAAAAAAGAAAGGGUAAAAGGCUGAAGCAGGCCAAGGAAGAAGCCACAGCUGAGAUAGACCACUACAGACUACAAAGGGAGAAGGAAUUUAGAAACAAGGAAACAAAUGUAAUGGGCUCCCAAGGUAACCUCUCUGCCAAAAUAGAAGAGCAAACAACAGAAGCCAUCAGGAACCUCACAAGCAGCUACCACAGGAACAUGGAGGGCAUGAUGAAAAAGCUCUUGAGCACAGUAUUUGACAUCAGCCCUGAAAUUCACCCAAACUUCAGACCUGCAGUUUAAGAUUCAUUGAUGUGCUGUGUUUGCAAAGCAAAGUAGCCUUCUUUCUUGAUAAGCAUAAAUACUUCCUCAUGUAUUGUUUCUGUAUGUGUGAGAAAAAAAGAGCACUGAAGCCAAAAGCACACAAUUCCACACAGGCUUUUGAUGUGACAGGAAUUAUACAGGGUUUCACAAGCAUUUGUUGGAAUAUUGUUUCCUGUAGCUAAGCCCCUGUCAUUUAGGCAGGGACAAGUCAACAACAGCAAAAUAAAUUAUUAUUUGACACCA